AUGGGUUCUUCAGAGCUUCCCUCCACGAUGAAGGCGCUGAAGUACGAUCAGCCCGAGAAAUUCAGCGUCGUCGAAGUUCCCCUGCCCAAACUGCGUGACCACGACGUCCUGAUCAAAGUCAAGGCUUGCGGUGUGUGUGGCACUGACUUGCAUAUCCAUGAAGGUGAAUUUCUGGCCAAGUUCCCUUUGAUCCCUGGUCACGAAACCGUCGGCGUCGUUGCUGCGGUUGGGCCCCACGUCAAGGGCUUCAGUGUGGGUGACCGCGUGGUCGCCGACAACUCUGAACUCUGCGGGGAAUGCUUCUAUUGCCGUCGUGGAGAGGAGCUGCUCUGUGAAGACUUCCAGGCUCACGGUGUUACCAUGGACGGUGGAUUUGCCGAGUACUGUGCCUACCCAGCAAAGCGGGUUUUCCACAUCGAGAAUCUCUCUGAUGUCGACGCCACCCUCCUCGAGCCCGCAUCCUGCGCUGCUCACGGUCUGGACAAGAUCUCUCCCAAGAUGGGUUCCACUGUGCUCAUGUUUGGUGCGGGACCUACGGGCCUGGUGUUGGCCCAGAUGCUGCGUCAGAACGGUGGCUGCAAGGUGGUCAUUGCAGCGCCCGAGGGUCUGAAGAUGGAUCUUGCCAAAUCCUUGGAUGCUGCGGAUGAAUACGUCGCGCUCUCUCGAAAGGACCCUAGCGCACAGUUCGAGACGCUCAAGAAAGAAAACCCGUACGGAUUCGACAUUGUCGUCGAGGCGACGGGCAGUGUCAAGAUCCUCGAGGACGCGAUCAACUAUGUCCGAAGGGGUGGCAAGCUCGUCGUGUACGGUGUGUAUGGCAGCAAGGACCGUGUCACAUGGCCACCGUCCAAGAUCUUUGGUGACGAGAUCACCAUCCUCGGUUCUUUCAGCGAGACAUACAAGUUCCCCGCCGCCAUCGACUAUCUGGACUCCGGCAAGGUCAAGGUCAAGGGAAUCGUCAACAAGACGUUCAAGCUGGACCAGUGGGCCGAGUGUCUCGAGUCGAUGAAGAACAAGAGUGCCAUCAAGGCGGCCAUCGUUUUCGACUAG